ACGACUGAGAGCCUACACAGACGAAAUGUUAAAGCAGUUUGAACUAAAUUGCACAGUGUUUUUAUUGAAUGAAUUGAGGUAUACAAACAUUUAUUGAAGUGUACAUGAGAAUAAGCAUCUGGUCUAAAAGAAUUCUUUCAAUUAUGUGGGUUUUAAUCUAGUUUUGAGGCAAAAUUGAGUGCACUACUUGACUACAACCAGGAGAGGUGCUGUUGAUUUAAUCUCAGCUAGUUUGCUGUCUAAAGAAGUGGUUGCUCUAAUGCAAAACUCCUCCAGGACUGAUUUUUCUGGUCCAUACAACACUGGCAUGGAAACGAUUCAUUGGUUCUGAUCUGUUCCCAUGGUUGAUUAGGAAAAUUUAAUCCAGUGCCCAUAGUACUGCAUCAUCAUGUUUGUUUUCAUCAACAUUGAUGUCCCUAAAGAAGACCACCUCCUUGUCCAUUGGGCUUCAGCCCCGCCUGUGUGUGUCAGCAGCUGGUCCACACAGGAGGGUCUUUCUCAUCACGACUGCUUCUUGUGUCGUUCCCCUCUUUUGACCCUUGAAAGGCCUAAAGAUGAAGCUCCCAGACCUUUUUAACAGCAUGUGAACACAUGUGAAUAAGACUGUCCCCUAAUUUAGCUUGCAUCCAAAAAUUUGUCCCGCCUAGAAAUCCAAAUACCGCCUUUUACGGCAUAACUGGAGGCUUAAAACUCCCUCGUAGAAAGACCUUCUUGUCUGAAAUGUUCCAUCUCCCAACGCAACAGCUCGCUUAAAGAAGAGUUUUGUCUGAGGAAGUACAGUGCAGCGUGUGUGUGACAUAGAGGGAGAGUUGUGUUGUAGUGGAUAUUUUUUAAGAUUUAAGCACAGAGCCAAUCAUUGUUUUCAUCUCAGUGGAGAGAAGGAAUGAAUAUCAGCCUAUAUCUGCUUCUUCCUAUCAAAGAUGAUUAACUCUUUCAAGCAUAUUGAGAUAUCCUGAUUGCACACAAAAGAACAGUCUGUGCACAAUUCCUUAUUUGGCACAUGCAUUGUUAUACACUUGCAGUAACAUCGACCCUGAUCUACGUCGGAAAGCAUAUUUGACUGAGAGUAAUAAUCUUUAACGAUGCCUGUGAAUAUCCUCGUUCAUCCAGGUCAUUGUAUUCUCAGGGCAUUGAAUAGAUGGUAACUUGACGUUAGCCUCUCAUCCGAGUAGGCUUCAUCAGUCCAUGCUUAAAGACUAGGUGGGACACACACUAAACUAGAUAGUCUGAGAGCUUGGUACACGAUCCAAUCUAUUUAUCCUCUAAAGGAGGAGGCAGGUCCUGACAGGAAUGGUUUGGCUCUUCCGUGGUGUCAAAUGACAACUGUUCGGAUACAAUGUUUGGGUGGUGUUACCUUCGUCCGAUUCCCAUUCAGAUGUAAUCAUGGCCGUGGAACCACCAUGUUAAUUGUCAUUAACAUAAAUACAAUUUAAUACAGUACAUUGUAUUCUCUAAAUACAUGUAUCACUUUUCAUACAUCAAAAGUUUAAAUUAAAGACAAAUAUGACAUAAAAUAGAGCAGAUAUAAAAUAUGCCGAUAUGACAGGCAACUGAUAUACAUGUAGCUGCAGAAAUAAAUAACAUCAAAAAACCAAAAAAUCUUUUAAGGGAAAAGGAGAAACAAAAAGAUACUAUUAGAAUAAAUAAGUUUAAUAAUCUUAUGUAAGAUUUUGAAUACUGUAUUGCGACUUUUUUAUUCUUUAGUCUUACCCUUUUCUAGAAAAAAACACAUUUAUUCUUGAUAAUUUACAACUUUAAUGUCAUAAAAUUAUGACAGAUUGUCAAAAAAUGAGACUUCCUUCGAUGAGGAAUAAAAAAAACAAUCCAUGACUAUCCUCAUGAGAUUAGAUUAAUUUUAGAUUAGAAUAUAUAACGCUUGAUAUAUAUUUUACUUUUGAAAUACUGUAACUUUUUAUGCAAGAAAAUGAAUCUCAUAACAUUACUACAAAAGAAUGUUGCUUUAAUCGAGUUAAAUCAUUCAAACUCUGUAAUAUUCUUGUCUCGGAAGAAAAAAAAAGACUUCUUGUUAGAGAAUGACUAACUUUAAUCUUGAUCUUUUAAUCUUAAUCUUUAAUCAUACUUCCCUGACAGUGUCAUCGUAAAUCGAGCCUUGUUAUCUUCUCACAAUGUAUCUCACAGUGAAAUUAGAGGAGGCCUAAGACGGCUCCAGUCUGAGGUGUGUACUGUUGCUGUUGUGCACAGUAAAAAAUGCAAAAUAAAAAAAGAGCGUUGAUGGAACUGCUUGUCUGACAGCAGCUCUAGCCACUCAUUUGCUCACUGGUUGUGUGGACGGCGAGAGAGUGAGAGGACUUGAAGUGAAGCCAACAGGGGAAGCGGAAGGGCCAGAAACAGCUGCCCCCUUCUCCCCCAUGGAGAGACAGCAAGAGGAGCCUGAUGGAGUGAGAGGGCAGAUGACAGGAGAGUCUGUGAGUACAGGAGUGCAAGACCUUUGAGGGUCUUGAGAAGCAAAGAACCAGCAAGUGGAAAGGGGGAAGGGAAGCGAAGAGGUGGCGAGUGUGUGCUUGCAUGCUUUAAGAGUGAGGAAACCUCGAGUGCGGGAGAGGAGAAGUGGAGAAAGACCGGAGGGUGACAGGAAGAGUUGUAAGAGGAGAACGGAGAAGAAGUCAUCUUAGGAGAAGAGUGACAAGACACCAGGAGGUCUGAUCAUGUUGGAGUGGACGCAGACAUCAGAUAUGAAGCUUUGAGAGGAAGCCUUCAAGUGUGAACAAUUCAGAUGGUAACAGAAUUGUUGACAGAGAGCGCCGAAUGCUGGAAACAUGGGGUGCAUUCACAGCCUGACCACCAGAAGGAUUAAGAACCACGAGACUGACACUGGAGGGAUCGCUCUAGUCACAGACACUGAGGUACUCCCCGAGAUCCUGCAGCUCGCUGAGCAAUCCAAAGCAGCGAGCCAUGCCUUCACAGAGAGGAGCUUCAAGAGGAGGCGCAUGUGUGACGUGUGCCAGCAGACCAUAGACACCUCAGCUGCUUUCUGCAGGGACUGCAAGGUGGCAGUUCACAAGACGUGUGAAGCCAAGGUGUCUCCCACCUGUGCCUCGACUCCAAACCAGCACAAUUCUAUUAAAUCUGCUUCACUGAGAAAAAGAGGCUCCAUGCCGAGAAGUCAAAGCGAGGAGCAAGGGAUGGAGCAUGUGAUGGAGCGCCACUACGACUUUGACCUCACCUACAUCACCGAGAGGAUCAUCUCAGUGUUCUUCAUGCCCGAGCUUGAGGAGCAGCGGUACCGCAGGGAUCUACAGGAAAUGGUGUCCAUGCUUAAAUCCAAGCACCAAGACAAGUUCCUGCUUUUGAAUUUAUCAGAAAAGAGACAUGACAUCACAAGACUCAACCCAAAGGUGCAGGACUUUGGCUGGCCUGAUCUUCACGCUCCACCUUUGGAUGGGAUUUGCACUGUAUGUAAAGCAAUGGAGACCUGGAUGAGCGCUGAUCCUAAUAACGUGGUGGUUCUCCACUGUAAGGGGAACAAAGGAAAGACAGGGGUCAUAGUGGCAGCCUACAUGCACUAUAGCAAGAUAUCAGCAGGAGUGGACCAGGCACUCACCACAUUAGCAAUGAGGAAGUUCUGUGAGGACAAAGUUUCGUUUUCCCUUCAGCCUUCUCAGAACAGGUACAUCUACUACUUUGGUGGUCUCCUGUCUGGUUCCAUCAAAAUGAAUAGCAGUCCUCUAUUCCUCCACCAGAUCCUUAUUCCAUCGCUGCCAAAUUUUCAGACUGGAGGAGGUUACUUUCCGUUUGUGAAGAUCUACCAGUCAUUACAGCUGAUCUACACCUCCUGUGUGUACAACCCUCAGUCCUCUCGGUCAAGGAAGCUGUGCGUGACAAUGGAACCAGCAUUAUUGUUAAAGGGAGACAUUAUGGUUAAGUGCUAUCAUCGACGAAGCCAAGCAGCGGAGAGAGAGGUGGUAUUCAGGAUCCAGUUCCAUACUUGCACCAUUCAUGGAGCCCAGCUCUGGUUUGGCAAGAAAGAACUAGACGUAGCGUGCUCAGAUGACAGGUUUCCUCGUGAUGCUGCAGUGGAAUUUAUCUUCUCUAGUGGACCGGAAAAAAUAAAGGAACACCAGAAGACUGACGCCUCCGUCAAAGUGAACUACAACACCUCAGAUCCAGUGGUCAGAUGGGAUUCUUAUGAAAACUUCAACCUCCACCAUGAAGACAGCAUAGAAAACAUUUCUCAUACGAGGGGCCCUCUGGAUGGCAGCCUGUACGCUCAGGUGAGGAAGCGACGUGGCCCAGAUCAGACGUCCUCAUCCGACGGUUGCCUCACCAGCAGCCCGACAGUGAAGUCGCAACCUCUCACCAGAACUUCCAGCUGUGCCCCCUGUGAUCAUAAAGAGAACCACUCCACCUCCACAGCUCACCCUGAAAGAGAGAAUACCGAAUGUCCGAUUGCGAGAGGCGGGGAAAAUGAAACCAGACAGAAAUUACGAGGGAAAGAAAAGGAUGGCGAGACAGAGAUUUUAGAAGACGGAGACCCAUCAAGUCUGGGAGGAUUAAGGCGAGAACACUCGUGUUGUGGUCGAGCAGGUGCAAAGUGUGGAGGAGGCAUGGGACAGCAAUGGGAGCGGGAGCCUUCCCUCUCUAAUGGUCACUGUUCUGGAUGUUGCAACAACAUGAAAAAACAUCCAAAGAGUCAAACUCUUCCGGCCGUACCAUCCAAAUCCAUAUCCCCCUCGCCACAUUUGACUCAUAUGGACCUCUGCCAACGCCAUAGUGUCCAUCCUUUGCCAGAGUUACCAUGGGAACGGACACCCCCAUCUCUGUCUUGGCCCCACAGACCGUGCUUUCCUUAUUCCCCUCCUGAACAUGCACAUCCACAUAGUCACACCCUGCCAGCCUCGAACAGACACUACACUGAUGAAGAAUGCCAAGUCUUCCAUUAUUCCAGCCAUGCCCCAACCUCUCAUGUCUCCCACCAAUCACUACCCUCAAGCCCAUACAGAGAGAUGUUCUUCGGUUCUCCAACUCCAUCCCCUGGUUGUCCCUGCCGGGAAUGCUCCAGCAGGCGAGAGCACCAGUCAUCCUCGGUCAGGGCGUUCCAUCCAAUGCAUCCGGAACAAGCAGUGGAAUUACAACGAACUCGAGAGGCACUGUGGGAAAGUAAAAAUCCAUGGGAGAUGCCAAGGGAGGCUGACUUUUGGCAGUGUAAAUCAGCCAUCCCGCCAUUUCACAUCUGCCACUCCGCCAUGUUAGAUCAGGGUACGAACCCAGAGCAGCUGCGUUUUGUCCUUGGACCUCACCGGAGCUUUCCCAGCCCCCAGUCUCUGAUGGACAUGCGGGAUGGCGCCAGCAGUGGAUACCAUACGCCUCUGCUUCCACGCCACUCUUGCCCUUGUUCUCCUUAUCAGUCAUCUCCUGUUGAGAGCCAUGAGAGUCGAGGUUAUGCUUCUGGUUACCUCUCUGGGUCAGCAUCUCCUCUACCUGCUAGUAGCCCGUCGCCUGGGAGAGGAAGACUUCAAGAGACCCCCCCACUAUCUAGAGAACAGCAGCAUCCUGAUGUCAAAGCAGGAACGGCCAAACCCAGUGCAGCGAUUGACAUAUGUCAGGGUUCAAAGGGUAAACCUGACCGGUCGAGCACCCAGACUCUGGACUCUGAUCAUGACUAUACAGUUAUAAGUGGCGGCAGCCCCACACACACAGAAGACAGUGUAAAUGCUGUUAUCACUCAAAGUGAAGAGGCAAAGACAGAAAUCCAAAGCUCCAACAUCACCCAACCUUCAAGUGAGCUCUCUCAGAGUUCACCAUCUAAUGGAAAGCUUGAUGAAGCAAAGGUCAAAGGAAAUGAAGAGGCUACUAAUCAAUCUCAGAGUACCACUAUUAUCAUCACCCCUGUCGAAGACCAACUCAAUGGCUCAGAUCCUCCCGGUGAAGGCCCAUCGGCGAACAGCAAAGGUGUAUCAGUUAACCUUUCAGCUAGUAUCAAUCCGAGCCCUUCCAACACUUCUCAAAAUUCUCCCAUUGAGUCCCUGAACCAUAAUUCCUCACCAAAGCACUCCCCAUCAGCUACAGAUCCGCCAGGAAAUAGACUAACACCUGAAAGAGACAGCUCAACUGACACCAAGCCACCAUCACCUACCCCCGAUGGCUAUCACACACCAACAUUCCCCAUAGCAUCCUAUUACUAUCCUAUGCUAAGUGUCCCCCAUGUCCCAUACACUGGCUACACUGCAGUUACAAUCCCAGCCAUUCAGCCACCGCUCCCAGAGAAGAAACGAAUUUCUCCAACACCAGGACCGCUUAACGGGCACACUUCUCUUCUCCAAGGCUCGCCAAUCUCUUCACCCACGCACAGUGUGACUUUGUCUCCCUCUAUGGGCGAGCUGAGAAAGGGGUCUACACAGUUUAGUAGUAGAGAGGAUAUGGACAUCAGGGUCAAUGCUAAGUUUGUCCAAGAUAGCUCCAAGUACUGGUACAAACCAAGCAUCUCUAGAGACCAAGCCAUUGCAGUGUUGAAGGACAAGGAACCAGGAACUUUCCUCAUCAGGGACAGUAACUCCUUCCAAGGUGCAUAUGGUCUGGCCCUCAAGGUGGCCACUCCUCCUCUUAACGCCAACACCACAGGUAGCAAAGCAGAGGUCCAGGAACAGCUAGUGAGACACUUCCUCAUCGAGACUGGGCCACGGGGGGUCAAGAUCAAGGGCUGUCAGAAUGAGUCCUAUUUUGGGAGUUUAUCUGCGCUGGUGUACCAACAUUCAAUCACACCAAUCUCUCUGCCCUGUGCUCUUCGCAUCCCAGAAAGAGGAUGCCAUGUUUUAGAUCUUGUUGGUGAGCUUCAGGGGACAAGAACUGUAACAAACACAAGCACGGCGGCUGACCUCCUCAAACAGGGAGCAGCAUGCAGCGUUCUCUACCUGAACUCCGUGGAGACUGAAUCAUUAACGGGACCCGAGGCGGUUUCUAAGGCAACCAAAUGUACACUGGCUCUGACUCCACGUCCGUCUGCAACUGUGGUCCAUUUCAAGGUUUCUUCUCAGGGCAUCACCCUAACUGACAGCAAAAGAAGGUUAUUUUUCAGGAGGCACUAUCCAAUCAGCAGCGUGACUUUCAGCAGUCUUGAUCCCCAAGACCAGAGAUGGACUAACUGUGAUAGCACGUCCAGCAAGAUGUUUGGGUUUGUGGCGAGGCGCACCGGCAGCAGUACGGCGAAUGUAUGUCACCUUUUUGCAGAGAUGGACCCGGAACAACCUGCUGUGGCUAUUGUCAAUUUCAUCAACAAGGUUAUGUUGGGGCCACAGCUACGCAGAUGAAACAUUGAACGACACUAUGACAUCACGUGAGGGUACACCUGCACUGUGCAAAAGUCUUUGGCCGUCACUAAUCAUCUUUUUCACAACAGUUAUUUUCACAUCGUCAAAACAGUGGUUGGGGGGGACACCCAACGGGGUUGGGUGUCAUAAUUGAUUAGUCUGCUUUUGAUUGUGUGGAAUAGUAUUAUGGUCUUGAAGCGUCGAGGCAAAUUGGAGUGCACUACUUGGAUGCAACCAGCUGAGGCGCUGUUGAUUCAAUCGCAACUAGUUUAUGGCCUGAGGAAGAACAUUGGUUGCUUUUUUUUUUUGUUACAAAGGAUUUAAUUGUUGCAUGAUUACGCAACAAAAGAUACAAAACUCAGGUGCAGACACAUUAAUUAGCUUUAACUGUUUGAGUCACUGAUUGAUACUGUAUUAUAAUGGCACUGCCUAUCUCUGGCAUCCUCCCUGAACCACAACUAUGAGGCUCCACAAAUCACUUUGAACGGUGUGGCCUGAGCAGAGGCCUGUGCUCAAUUGAGUGAUAUUCUACUUAAAAAUGGGCAUUAUAGGAUGGCUAAAGCAACAAAUCUGUAUGUGGUGUGUGAUGGUCUGUGGUCAACUCCCCCCCCCUCCCCGGCUCUCUAUUUAAUGUAUUUAAUGACCACACGGCCAAGCUAUUGAAUCAGAUUUCAUAAAGUAUAAUUGCAUCACAAAUCAGCUUGCAAAGCAAACAAUUACAGCGAGGUGUGUAUAAUUGUGUAAGACGGCGGGCCUUGUGUGGCAUAUUUCAAAUAGUACAGCUUGAUAUUUAAAAAAAAAACUUUACAUUUUGUAUAACAUUUGUUUUUUAUUUCAUAGUCUACGUUAAUAUUUACAGUGACAGGCAGAAUGACAAAGAAAGAAAUGAUAUGUAGAAGUAAAAGGAAGGCCAGUUAUGAACAAAUAAAACAAAUUCAAGAGAGAACAUCAAUACUCAUCUUUUUGCGGCUGGAAAUAGGAUUGCCUUACUUUCUAAUGUUAGAAUGUUUCACAAUCGACGGAAAACAGCACGUAACACUGCUAAGGUCAUUUUUAACAGAGACGUUACAUCACUUUCUCCAUGCCUCAGAAUGACCACAUGUUUGAAAACAACCAAGAUCCUUGGUAACUAAAUCAAACCAAAUACUUCUUGUGUAAAGAUAUUUUUAAGUUUGAUUUCUUUUUUUUCCAUCAUUAGCUUUUUGUUACUUUAGUUUUUUUUAUAUACUGUAAACCUGGACAGUAUGACUUCAUAAUAUGUGUUUGUAUAAGAAGUAAUAUAUUUUAGGCCUCCUAAGAAGAAUUGUAUGAAAUAAAGUGCUACACAAAA